CCCAUCACUGCAAGUGCACGAAUUAUCGUCGAAUAUGCAGCAGGAUACAUUAAAUUCGUCCAAUAGAUUUAGAUGUGUCGUUGUAGUUUUCAUGUGUCUUUUCAUUGCGAAAAUUUCCACUGAAGACACUUCAGAAAUUAAUUCCACAACUACUGGGGAUCAAAUAACUUUGACUAAUGAAGGAAGUGCUGCCGCUAUUACAGAAGAUGAAAUUAUUUCGUCAACUCCAGAAAUAGCUAUUUCCACAAUUUCAAGGGACGAAAUUACUUCGAAAUCUACUUCGGAGACGACAGUUCUUCCAAUAACAAAGGCAGAAAUUAUUUCGUCUACUUUGGUGGCGACAGUAGGGACAAUUUCCGCUACUAAAGAAGUGGAAAAAAAAUUCACAAAGGAAGAAAUUAUUCCGUCUGCUUCAGAAAACGAGGGGAAAAUUGUGAAGGAGGAAGUUUCCUUGAUUACGAGUGAAAUAGAAAAUAUUUCGACAACUGAAAAAACUAGUAUUUCUACGACAGAAGUAGAAAUUCUUAAUGCUUCGAAAAUAGUAAAAAGUGAGGAUCUGAGAAUGGAUAAUUGCGCUUCGCUAAGUGAUUGUAUGAAGUGCGUGAAAUCAAGUGAUUUGUGCAAUUGGUCGAUGGAUCAAAAUGUAUGUAAAUCACCGGAUGCUGCACCGGGAAAUCUGAGCGGUGGCUCAGGAGUGAUCGAAAAUGAAAAUUAUCCUGGGGAAGUACAUCGGAAAGGAGCCUCUUUUUGCCCCCGAAUCGUGACGUCGAGAAAUAUUACUUUGCCUUCUGAUACCCACAAAAUGAUAAAAAUUAAGGUUUCAAUGAAGCAUGUGUUCUCUGAGUCACGAUUCACCUGUCGCUUUGGUGAUGGUCCUGAAGCCAUCACCACCACUGCUACACUGCUGAUGGACACCAUCUCCUGCAGCAAUGCCCACUUUUCGUACCCCACUGACGAGCCUUUCGUUCAACUUCCUAUCUGGGUAUUAAACGGUGGAAGAGAACUAUCGAACCCAAAGGAUAUUAAAUUGAUCAUCUACAAGUGUCGCUACAUGGCUAACAACUGCAUCUCCUGCUUCUCUUUCGGGAGAAAUUACGAGUGUGGGUGGUGUCCAGGAUCGUCAACGUGUGAAAUAGCUGGACAGUGCGAGGAAACUACUAUUGAGAAUUUGUGGAUUGGGAGGAAAGGACAUUGUCCACAAUUCACUCAGUAAUUUUAUUGAUCAAAAUAGCAAAUUGACGGAGGAUAAAUCAAUGAUGAUGUGGUAAAACAUGAUGAUUAAUUUGAAUUUUUAUUAGUGAAUGAAAUUUAAUAUUUUUGGAACUGUUGAUUCAUGUUGAAAACUAAUGGUCCGUUUUGCCCUACUCUCCCCUAACAAAAAAAUGUAUUCUGAUAUUUUCUUUGAAAAGAAUUCGACAUUAAGAAUUAAAAAUUGAGAAAACAUUAAACCUAGAUUGGUCACCAAAUGAGAAAAAUCCCUGCACGCGUCGUUUUUCUUUAAUUGCAAUUGACUGACUAACCGGAAAAAUUCAAAAAAACUUUGACUUUGUCAACUGAAGUGGCUGAAGAAUCCCUUAAGAAAAUGAAGUAUUUCAAACAGAUGAAUUAUUUUUUUCCAUCUUAAAUGAAAUUGCCCAUGACGCGACGUUGCCGGAAACUGGCUAAACGCGCCCGGGCAGUGUAGAGUGAAUUCAGCAACGCUAGAUGCAAAAUAAUUAUAUUAUGAACAAAACAAUUAUAUUAUGUCAUUUCUUCGAAUUGUGGAUUAAUUAUAAAUAUUAUUUGAUAAUAAUUGAAAAUUAUGUAAUCCUCAGGAAUUCAUAUUUUUAUAUGAAACAAUUUUGUACGAAAUAUAUUACUCUAUAUUAAACGUAAUCCAUGUCAUGACGUUU